AUAGAUCAAAAGCAGUUUGCAAGUUUUAUUCGAAUAAUUUUGUCAUAAUGGGAGCAUCACACUCUUCGGGAGCAUUCAAUAUUGGAGCAUUUAGAGAUGUCUUGUUUAAUAGUAAUGGAGCAGGAUUGCCUUUGCCUUCUUCUAUUACAUUUGAAGGAAUUAUGAAAGAAUACUUUUAUCAAACUGGUUUGAAAGUUUCGGAUAAGUUAUUGGAAGCUGCCUAUUCGAUUGCUAUUGAUCACGAUCCGAUCACUUUGGAAAAGCAACUUCACUUGGCUUUAGGAUUACACAGCUGUAAAGAUGGACUCAAUGAAAGAAAAGAUUUGAAUCUCGUCAUUGUAUUGGAUAUUAGUGGAUCGAUGGGAUCUGCCAUGUCCAGCAAGGAAAAAACUAAAAUGCAAGUUGCUAAUGAAGUAAUUUGUGAAAUAAUUGAAAAUUUGAGAGAAUUCGAAAGAUUGGGAAUUGUUUUAUUCGAUGAUAAGGCCGAAACUUUGCUUCCUCUAACAAUAGUUCAGGAUUUAGAUAAGAAAUCACUCAAGGAAACUGUUCUAAACAUUAAAGAGAAAGGAAGUACAAAUUUCGAAGCUGGCAUGCAAAGAGGAAUUGAUCUAUUUUCCAGUUUAGAUUCGUCUGAUUUAUCCAACUCUAAUCGAAUCAUUUACUUGACAGAUGCUUGUCCAAAUGUUGGUGGUACUGCCACUCUCGAUAUUCUCACAAAAGAUGCGAAUUCUGGUCCAUAUUCUAUCUUUUCCACUUUUGUUGGAAUUGGUUUGGACUUUAAUUCGAAAAUUGUGGACGAAUUGACUCGAGUUCGUGGUUGUAAUUAUUUCUCAGUCAAAUCUACCGAAGAAUUUAAGAAGAUUUUGAAUGAGGAUUUCAAUUAUAUUGUAACGCCAAUUUGUUACAAUGUCAAGUUGACUAUGGAAUGUGAAAAUUAUGAAAUUGAAAAAUGUUUUGGGACAAAUUUUGCUGGAGAAUCGACUGGAGAAAUUAUGAAAGUGGAUACUUGUUCAGCUGGUCAAUUGGACGAAAGAGGAGUUAAGGGUGGAAUAAUUUUAUUAAGGUUGAAAGCAAAGAAUAAUUUUAAGGGAGUUUCGAAUGUGAAAUUGACACUUUCAUAUGAAACUGUUGAGGGUAAGAAGGUUAGAGAGGAAAAACAUGUCAAUGUUGACUCAAAUCUUGAAAAUUAUUUCGAAACUAAUGGUAUUCGAAAGGCAAUUGCUUUGGUGAGAUAUGUUGAGAAUGUGAAAGGUUACUUACAAGAAAUGGAUACUGUACAACAAAGCCAUGAUUAUACAACAAAUACAAAACCUUCAACUAGCUCAGAAGAAUGGAAUUCCAAAUUUGGUCAACUCUUGAAUUAUUUCACAAAUGAAAUUAAUGAAAUUAGAGACGAAACAAUGCAACAAGAAGUUGAUGCCAUUAACAAAUUCAUAGAAUUUUCUAAAUAAAUGUAAGAAUCAUUUGUUUCUCACUCUUUUU